AUGGCGAUCGCGGGACUCUUCUGGAUAACUAGGAUCUUUUAUCGUUUAUAUUUCCAUCCGCUGGCAAAAAUACCUGGACCUAAACUAGCUGCCGCUUCACAUCUUCUGGAGUUCUACUAUGAUGUGAUUCUUGGAGGCAAAUUCCUAUUCCAAGUGGAGAAAAUGCAUCAGAAAUACGGCCCUAUUGUGCGUAUCAAUCCAAAUGAGGUCCAUAUCAUCGAUCCCACCUUCUAUAACGAGACAUAUGCAUCAGGGAUGCGAAAGCGUGAUAAGUAUGAGGGGUUUGUGCGCUCUCUCGCUGCCGACGAGUCUACUAUCUCCACCGUGGGCUCUGAAAAGCACCGCUUCCGACGCGGCAUCCUUCAGAACUUUGUCUCCAAGCGGUCUGUUAUAGAAUCUUCAUCAGCAAUUAGUGAAAGGGUGGAGAAGCUGAUGCGACGCCUGGAGGUAUUCGAGAAAACCCAGACCCCAGUGGCUCUUGAUGCAGUAUUCUCAGCAUUGACCUGCGAUAUGAUUACUUAUAUCUGCUUUGGGAAAGAUUAG